AUGGGAAUGAUGCACCUCCGGCUGCCCCCAGAGCUUUUGCUCCUUGUUAUGAAGCAGGUUCAGCAUGGCGAGCAAUACUCCGCUUCGAGGAAGUCGCUUCUCAAUGCUGCAUUGGUCAACCGCGAGUGGGCUGAAGCUGCUACUCAUAUCCUAUGGGAGAAAGGCGCAUCUGUGUUGGCGCUUGCUAGUGUGUCACCAGAUCGCAGACAGUACUACGCAAACAAGACAUCUGAGCUCGAUUUCGAGGGUGAGGAGGACGCAAAACAUCACGCGACCUUCAAAGACCUAACAUUUCCACGCCUGAAAAGUGUCUUCAUCGACAAGGUCGACCUAGAGGAAGGCGAAAAGCUACAUCUCAACCAGUACUUGCAACCGCAGCUAAGAAGUAUCGACUGUGAAGGAGGUGGCUUUGAUGACAACGCUCUUGUGACUGUGGCUGCAAACUGCCCCAGACUCGAGGAGUUAUGGCUUGAAGAGCCCAUCGAAGGCUCUAGCGAGCUUCAUCUGCUUGAGCUCUUCAGAGGUUGCAAAAUGCUAGAGCUCGUCAACCUUGGCGAUGGCUGGGCCGACGUUAUAACCCCUGAACUAUUCGCAGGGUUGGCUAGCCUUGAACGUCUGCGGCAACUGACUAUCAGGCCCUUGACAAUGGAUCUUGCCAUCCGCAAUGGCGUAAGCAUGGCCUCCUUCCGCAGCCUCGAGUCUCUUACCAUGACAGUGGCGUCGGUAAGUGUCGCACAUCUGGCUUCCGUUGUCACAUCGUUGUCUUCGCUAGUCUUGAUCAUCGAGGACUCUGAUCAUGAUGCCCUCGCGCCUCUUGGAUCACUGAAAGAUUUAGUUCACCUCGAGUUGACGUUCCUUGAUGAUACGGAGCUGUCUUCACUAGGAUUUCGUGCCCUGGAGAACUUGAAAAGGCUUGAAGUACUCAUGAUGGAGUCUAGAGGAGCACUGCUGUCCGCGAUGUGGAUGAAUGACAACUUGUUCAAUGAGUUCACUUCCAAAUUGCCAAAACUAAGCAACCUCGAGUUGAAAGUGGACUUCGAUAUCACGACCACAGCACUCACAUCUCUCGCCAAGACUCACCCAAAGAUGAACAGCAUCGANCUUUUUGGCGAAUUCGAAUUCAGCGAGUGGUCGAGGAUCACCAAACCUCUAUACCCAAGUUUGGUCAGAUUUUUCAUUGAAGCACCAUUUUUCGAAGGACGAACGAGACGGUAUGUAAAUACAAUUCACUUCUGCUUUCACAUACAGGCAAUGCUAAAGUCCUCAAGAUCCGCAGAUGCCACGGUUGAGGAGCGAGCUUCACAAAUCGCAGAUCUUAUCAUUCGACACUGUCCAGUGGUUGAACAGCUCUCUUUUCACUCUUACUGCGAAAACCUGCUGGCGCAACUUGUGAUUAGAGCCGUCGAAGCCAAAAUUCCUGGACGAUUCCACGAACCGCUGUCAACUUGGUUCCGGGACAGGGAACACUCUGUCAGGGUCCCUUUUCAACCUAGCGAGACCCGGAUGUACCACGGCUAG